CGAGAGAGGAGGGCGGGCGGGCCGGCGGCCGAGGCGGGGACGCGAGCGCGGCGGGGGACCGGCCUUCCGCGGAGGCCCCGCCCCCAAACUCGCCGCUGGUUGGCGGCGACAGGCGGCGGGAGGCGGGCACGCGGCCCAGUCCCUCCCUUCCGGUGCAGGCCCGCCCACCGAUGGGUGUGUCCUGAGGCAGGCGCGCGCGCGCACGCGCGCGGGAAGACCGGAAGGGAGGCGCGGCUGGGGCGGCGGCGGCGGCGCGGAUCGCACGGGGCCGAACCGCGGCCGGAGCGGAGUCCGCGGUGUGCGUGCGGAGCCGGGCCCUCUUACACGGUCGCGAUGAACACGGUGCUGUCGCGGGCGAACUCCCUGUUCGCCUUCUCGCUGAGCGUCAUGGCAGCGCUCACCUUCGGCUGCUUCAUCACCACCGCCUUCAAAGACCGGAGCGUCCCGGUGCGGCUGCACGUCUCGCGGAUCAUGCUGAAAAAUGUAGAAGACUUCACUGGACCUAGAGAAAGAAGUGACCUGGGAUUUAUUACAUUUGAUGUAACUGCUGAUCUAGAGAAUAUAUUUGAUUGGAAUGUUAAGCAGUUGUUUCUUUAUCUAUCAGCAGAAUAUUCAACAAAAAAUAAUGCUCUGAACCAAGUUGUCCUUUGGGACAAGAUUGUUCUGAGAGGUGAUAAUCCGAAGCUGCUGUUGAAAGAUAUGAAAACAAAGUAUUUUUUCUUUGACGAUGGAAAUGGUCUCAAGGGAAACAGGAAUGUCACUUUAACCCUAUCUUGGAAUGUUGUACCAAAUGCUGGAAUUCUACCUCUUGUGACAGGAUCAGGUCAUGUAUCUGUCCCAUUUCCAGAUACAUAUGAAAUAACAAAGAGUUAUUAAAUUAUUCUGAAUUUGAAACAACA